AUGGGUAUAUCAGGUCUAUUACCCCUUCUCAAGGAGAUAACGGUCAAUGGCCACAUAUCAGAAUUCAAAGGUAAAAGACUUGCAGUAGACGCGUACGUGUGGCUUCAUAAGGGUGCUUUUGGUUGUGCGGAAGACUUGGUGAAAGGGAAAAAAACGACAAAAUUCGUCGACUAUGCGAUGCAUAGAGUUCGCCUACUCCGUUACCAUGGUAUAACACCAUUUAUAGUAUUCGAUGGAGGUCCUUUACCAGCUAAGAAAGGAACGGAAGUGUCAAGAGCAAAGUCACGAGCGGAGAAUCUCGAAAGGGCACGAUCAAUGGAAUCCCAGGGUAGAUGGAGAGAAGCAAGAGAUUUCUAUACUAGAUGUUUGGACAUAACCCCAGAAAUGGCUUUUCAACUUAUCAAGGCAUUACGAGUGGAGAAUGUCGAUUAUGUCGUUGCGCCGUAUGAAGCAGAUGCCCAACUGUGUUUCCUAGAAAGAGAAGGAUAUGUCGAUGGUAUUAUAACGGAAGAUUCAGAUUUAUUGGUAUUUGGAUGUCGCCAGGUCGUAUUCAAACUCGAUGGUAACGGACAAUGCGUCUGGAUACAUCGAGAUAAUCUAGCUACUAUACGUGAUUUCCCAAUGCACGGAUGGACAGAUGUUGAAUUCAGACGAAUGGCGAUGCUUUCCGGAUGCGACUACCUCGACUCAAUCGCUGGUAUUGGAUUGAAGAAAGCUCACGCAUUGAUGAGGCGGUUCAAAACUGUCGAAAAGCUCCUUCAGCAUAUCCGGCUCGAAGGAUCAAUGACCAUUCCUCAAGAUUAUCUUGCUUCUUUCGCUCAAGCGGAAUUAGCGUUCAUCCACCAAAGGGUAUACUGCCCACAACAAUGUCGUCUUGUACCGCUUAACGACUUUCCCGAAGGAGGAUUAGGCGACAGUGAUGAGAGGUGGAUUGGGCUUGAUGUAGACUCUGAGAUAGCGAAAGGAAUGGCAAAGGGAGACAUACAUCCCGAGACCAGAGAACCGAUAAUCGAUGAAUGGCCGGAUUAUCAACCGACAUCUAGGUCAAAACCCCUCACCGAGAAUUAUGGAAGGGUCAAUAUAAAUGUUUCCGCCGGACCCAUGGAUGCUUUUAUUACUAGAAUGAAGAAGCCAAAGCCUCUUCCAAGACCAGUCGGCACUUUUGGAUCUGGACCGUCGCGACUUUCGGACCAAAUCACGGAACGACAUUUCGCUCCCGCAGCUGUUUCAAGGGAAUUUCCUAUUUCAACAGGUGUAACAAAGAAAAGCAAAUUUUUCUCCAAACCUUCAAAACGAGAAGUCACUCCUGAGCUUGAUGAACCGUUACAUUGGGAAGAAGAAAGUGAAGAAGUUGAGUCACAACCAGUUGCUGGACCAUCCCGUUUUCAAUCUUCGCCCGCUCGGUCACCCAGUCCAGCAAUCUCUUCAAUCAGAGGUGGGGAAUCGCCCGCCCGAUCAGUCUUCUCAGGCCACGUCCUUACCUCCCCAGGAUGUCUUCUUUCAAGUCCGCCAGAUUCUCCUUCUCAGGGUAUUCCUUUCUCGACUCCCCUGAAGAAAGACAAGAGGGUCAGGGAAGACACUCCACCUUCGCCAACAGGAGCUUCAGCAGGCGAGACCGUAUUAGUAACUGCCUCUUCUCAAAUUAUUGAAACAGCGACAGAGUAUGACUACGAUAUGGAGGUGGACGUUAGACAUCAUGAAAUCAUCGAAGUCGAAACUCCGGUGAGAAGAGAAAGGAAAUCAAUGUCAAGAUUAUCAACUAUGGUCAUACCCAAUUCUUCAUCACCAGCAACAUCUUUCGUUCCUGAAUCUCAACCUCGCCCUAAUCGAAGACUGCAAUCUUUCGCAUCGAGCGAUACAAUAUCGGAAGAAGAAAUUGUCACGCCGUCUCUGGAUCAAAUAAGCCAAAAGAAGAGGAAAAGAGUCAAACAGGAAGUCGAGGAUGAGGUAGUAGACGACAAUGAAAGGAAGAACAUUGAAAGAGCUAAAGCUGUCGCUCAAAAUUGGCGAGCUAAGUACUCUUUUGGACAUACUUCAUCCUCACCGGCGCCAGGUGAUGCUUCACAAACUCCCAAUAGCAUCAAAAGGACCAGAUCCGAUCCUUCGCCCCGAUCAAGAGUUGAACCUAUCAAACGCGCAACUCUGCCUAUAACUUCACAGGCUUCUCGCAUCUUAAUUCCUAGAUCCACAAAUGUUCCGGAAUCUCAACCGAGUACUCCGUCAACGAGAAAAGAGGAUCGAAAUCUCGACAUCAUCAAGGAUCAAGAGGACCUCGUCAUUCCCUUCAGCUCAUCACCGGUAUCUGCCAUUUCUAACGAAGAGAACAUACCCAGUACGGCUGUAGGAGGGAAGACUUGGACUAAAUUGCAGAAAUACAAAUUCGCGAAAAGGUAA